AUGUCUGAGAGUGUGAGUGCCUCCAUCGAUAAGUUGGCGGCCACCCACAUAACUUUCCCCCAAGGACACAAGAUUUUCAAUCAAGAAUUUGCAGAUAAUUGGAAUACAAAAAGCCAAGAGCUAUGUGCUCAAUUCAAAGAGUUAGAAGGUACUGAUCAGAGACAAUCGUGGCUUAAAGAUGUUUUCCGUGAGAUUUUUGAACUGAUUUAUGAUCAAAAUACAAAGGGCUCACCCACCAUGCCUCAAAUAUCCAGAUUAUUAGAAGAUAUAGUUAGUAGUGGAACUCAAGAUAUUAAAGAUAGUGAAUUAUUAUCAAUGGUCGGUAAAGUGUUCGUAUCGGUUUCCCAAGAAUAUUCUGAUGAAGAUGAUAAUGUCGUACUCGCAUUGGCAAGAAUAACCAAGUCUCUUCAUAAGGAGAUGUUCAAAUUCAGCAGACUAUCAACGAAAUUAAUGAAUCAGGGACAAACCGUACUUCUGAAGCAUCUUCUGAAAAAAUCCAAGUACGAACUAAAGAAAUUCAAUUUAUUAAUGGAAUGUUCUACGGGAUACAUACAACUUGUUACCUUACUCUGGGCGGCAUACUACGAUCCUGAUAGAAUGAAUAAGGUUCCUUAUUUCAUUCAAGAAUUCCAACAAUUAGCUGGUAAAUAUUCAUUGGAUCCAAUGCGUUGUUUAGAUGUCAUUUUGGAUGUCUCAAGUGAAUUUAUCACAGAAGGGUACGAAUUUAUGAUACGAUUUUUAAAGAUUUCAGACUAUUGGCCCAAGACCUCUCCAGCCAACAACUUUGACUAUCAAUCUUUGAACCAAGGUGGGAAUGCGAUUGCCUCCCACUUAAUAAGUCUCCACCUCAACCAAGAAGAUGUCGGGAAAGAUACUGCGUAUCUCGAUAUGGUGUGUAUUUUAAUAAGAGAGGGUUUCGUUAGCUUCCUACCGAUAUGGGAUAAUAUAAAACCUAAUGAUGAAACUUUGUCAGCAUUUUUCGAAAAUUUUGACAAUGAGCUGGAAGCUGAAUCGAUGAAGGGAGUCACAAAUCCACUAGCAAUGGCCGAUGCCCUAACCGCUGCAGACGACAAUGAUGGUGAUGAAAAGAUGGAAGAUGUUAAUACAGACGGGAAAGAUUCAUCUGCGAAGGCUGAAGAGAAAAAGGCACUUGAACAAAAACAAGAGGCGUUAGAAAAAGAAAACAUAAAGAACAGUGUGUUAAAUGGUUCCAAGCUGGAAUUUUUGAAAAGAUUACUGGUACAUGGCGUCCUAAUGCCUGCAUUUUACAUUUUCAAGACUCAUCCACAAUGUGUUUACAUCAAUGAUAUGCUUCCAAGACUAAUAGGACGAUUGUUUGAAAAUAUGUUGGAUCCUCUAUAUCAAUCUUUGGUCUUUAGCGGCUCCCAAAAUCUACAAAGCGCGUCAUUAAUUACCACGUUGGACAAUGGGUUACUCUCUAAAAAAACUAGAUUGGUUUCUGAAAGAAAAUCACAUAAUCCUUUUCCACUUCUCGAAAUGAGGACGAGGUUUGUCUUCUAUUAUGCAGAGUGGUGCAAAGACCUUGGAGAGCUUCAUACAGUAGAGGAGCUCUUUACAAAAUCUAAUGAAUUUUUCACUAUAUUAGGACCAUCUUUGGGUAAAGUUCCUCAACUUAUCUCUAAACUUUGUCGAAUCGGUGUUGCAGAUAUUGAGACGGCGGCAGCAGAUAAAAAGGAAGAAACUAUAAACAAAUGGAUUGAUUACGUCCGCAAAUUUAUCUUUCCAGCCAUACCCGUUCUCGAGGUCAAUCCAGUAAUUACUAGUGAAAUAUAUCAAUUGAUGAAAUUUUUCCCCUUCAAAAGAAGAUAUUUCUUAUACAACGAGUUGAUCACUAGAACCUCUCAAGAUUUACUUCUGCCCAAAGUGGGUUUCAACAAGGCUGAAAGAAGUGCAAAGAGUAUUUUAAAGUCACUAAGUAUGGACACUAUCGAAACAGAAUCAAGAAAACUGGCUAAUCUAGUAUCUACCAAUCCUUUGGCCACUUUAGUUCCAGUGAUAAAGCAAAUUGAGAAUUAUGAUAAAGUGUCUGAAUUGGUGGUGAUCACGACCAAAUAUUUCAACAGCUUUGCGUGCGACGUUUUACAGUUUAUCAUAUUAUUACGUUUGACACAUAAUAGACCUGCAAUUCAAACUGACGGAGUAAAUCAAAAUACAUGGGUUCAAAGGCUUUCAGUUUACAUUUCAGGAUUGGCCAAGGAUUGUCCCAAGAUGGAUAUUACCAAUAUUCUCGUUUUUAUUGUCAAGACCCUGCAUGAAGGUAAUAUGGUCGCGGUAUCUAUUCUAAGAGAGCUAAUAACCACCGUAGGUGGGAUUAGAGAUCUAAACGAAGUGAAUACGACAAGACUCAUAAUGUUGAAUUCAGGAGAGCCAUUGAAGUAUGAGGCAAGAAAAUUAAUAUUUGAUACCAGGGAUGAUAACCGUGAGCUGGCUCUAAAAUUGGUGAAUCAGUUAGCCAAGCAAAAGACAAUUUCAGAACUUAUUCUCCUCCUAUACAAUCUUAACAGGGAGGCGAAUACUCAGACUUUGCAUUAUAAGAUUUUAUCCACCAGAUGCGAUGAAAUGAAUACUCUAUUGUGGUCUUUCAUAGAACUGGUAAAAUACUGCUUUACCUUGGAAGAAUUUGGUGAUAAUGUAUUACCACUAGAGGUUUUGACAAACGACUUUCAUCUAUCAACAUCCUGGGUGUUCCACAUCUGGAGAAAUUAUAUCGAUCAAAAAUUCAGAGAAGCAGACCCAUCUUCAGAUGUCAUGUUACAGAACGCUGUUUUCGAAGGUGUUGACUAUAGCUACAUUACCAAAGAAUUGUUCCUAACAUUCUGGAAGCUUUCAUUAUAUGACGUCCAAUUCGAUAAAGCACUGUACGAUAAGAAGAAGGCAGGAUUAGAAGAAGAACUUUCCAAGUCCUCUUCUACCAAGAAAAAGAAUGAAUAUUCUAAACAAAUAAAGGAUAUCCUUGUAAGUUGCAUCUCCCAUCAAAAGACAUUUAAUAAUACCAAACGUUUGAUCAGUGAACAGUCUCAAUCCUGGGCAAAAGAUCUUUCAAACGAAAGGAUUAUGUCAUUCUUUCAAUAUUGUAUCGUUCCUAGAGUUCUAUUUUCACCACCAGAUGCAUUGUUCAGUUCCCAUUUCCUCUUAAAGUCUUUUGAUCUCAAAGAUUUGAUGAAGAUUUUAGGAGUGUUCAUGUCUUCCAGGAUCCUUAGCGCUCUGCUGUUCUGCUGCACCCGGUCCGAAGCUGGUAAUAUGGGUAUUUUCUUUUCACAACUUUUGGGAAGUCUGGAAGAAAUGAGAGUAUCGGAAGACCAGGAAUUCCUUUAUCAACGAGAGUUAUAUGAGUGCAAUUCUUUGCUCACGGAGCAAAUUGUUGAAUUGUUAUUUAACAGAAACUACAUGUCCAUCAGAAACGGUAUCGAGUUUAUGAAACACGUAUCGCAUGUUUUCCCAAUCAUUGAUACACAAAUCUUAGUCGCAUGUAAGGCAUUAGAGAGAAUAUUAGAGAGUGAAGAAAGAGAGGACAUCAAACUGCCCAGUAAUGCGCUUUUUGGCCAUUUGAAAGCUCGUUUGAAGAAUUCUUGUAAGCCAGAAGAAUUCUGUGAGAUGACUGAAGAUGAGAAGCGGGAGAAAGGGAAGUAUGUCUCAGAAUUAGAGGAGAUAAACCAUUACGAAAGCUUGUUAGCCAACGAAAAGAAGGAAAUUGAAUUGAGGAAGCAAUUAGAGUUCAAUAAAAAGCAAAGAGCAGAAGCUGAAAAGGCUAAGGAGUUGGAAGAAGCUAAGAAGGCUGAAAAGGAAGCCGAGAAGAAGGAAGAUGCUAGGGAUAAGUUCAAGGGUAUUCCCUCUGGACCCUCGGGUGGCAAGCAAGCUGCCCGUCCUCAAAGUUCAACUUGGCCUUUUGGUAAAGUGAUUAGAUUUAUGGAUGAGGUUUGCUUUCAUCUUGGUAGGAAUAACUUGAACAGAGCCGCUGACUGCAUAAGUGAUCCAACGGAGAACCAGACUUUGAAAAGAUUGUCCAAGGAAUCCAUGCCAAUUCGUGAUUUGAGGACUGGUGUCUUUGAAGUCUUUGAACGCUUCUUCCGCUCUCUAGUUUACAAUCCUAACAAUGCAGAUUUCGCAAGAAAACUAGAUGAGAUCAAAGCUGCGGUGAAAUAUGUUUCCAAUGACACCCCCAGAGCCCGUGGAGACAUGUAUUCGGAGGCAACUCCAACAGAACCAGCAAAGAAACCAAGCAGGUACAACAAUGAACCUCCUUCUGGACCCAGUAAUGAUAGAGAUACUAAGACAGACUCCCAUGAAGGUACACCAAGCGGUUGGAACAGACCCUAUGAUUCUAGAAACAGACAAGCCUUACCACCAGGACCACAGAGAAUGGAUAACAAAAGGUCAAAUACGACGCCAAGACCCAUGAAUUUCCCUGAUAGACCUUCGCAACCCAGAUCGGAGACUCCACGUAACGGAAACAAGGUAUACUCUGCUCGCGACCAAGGAAGCAGCGGCAACAACAACAAUAACCGUAUGAGACCCAAGCAUGAAGCGCCACCAGCAUCAGAUGAAAGACUUACUAAGAGAUACAGAGCUGACGACGGCCGGAAUAAGAUGAGAUCACCUCAGAACGAUAGCCGUUCCAAGUACAACAACAAUAACAAUGGGAAAAGAGGCAAUACGCAGGGACUUCCACAGGGUCCCAAAGGAUCUGGUGAAUAUGUUAGCAGAUAUCAAAGAUAG